AUGAAAGGAUUUCCAGGAAAUAAAACAAGAUCUAACUUGCCCUUUCAAAUGGCUUUAUAUGUUAAUUUGUGGAUUUUUCCAAUUUGGCUUUCAAUUGCAAUUAUUAGCCUAGAUGCUAAAUAUAAUAGUUUAACAAACAUUUAUAAAUUACUAAUGGUAGCAGUAUUUCUGAUACUUUCAAUAUCCGAAAGUCUAAAGUUAUACUUGGGAUAUCUUGGAAAUCUUGGUGGCAAGAUUCCAGAAUUGACUAGUUGUUGGUUGAUUUUGAUGUUAAUACAACUUCCUUUGGAGAUAUUCCUUCUCUUUGAUCAAGGAACAUUACUACGAGAUAGCGAAGUAUUUAUCAAUCUUUUUAUGACUUGCUUUCUCCUCGUCGAAGUCAUCACAGGCACAAUUGCUCUAAAGAAUUUGGCAGAUCAACGUGCCAAAACAUUUUACUUAGCUCAACUAUGCAACACAUACUACAAAGAUUAAUU